GUCUUGUUAACCUGAAUUUCUCGUCGAUCGAUCAACUUCAAAAUUCAUUUUUAAAGUAAACAUGUAACAUUUUCAGUUUUAUUCUUCGGAAAUGCCCGCGAAAAGUUUUCUAGUCAAAGUAGAACUGACUGUCCAAAAAAUCUCUUGUCCGGGCGUGUGGCUGUGUUCGAAUGGCAAAGUGUCUUUACAGCUUUGCAUGCUAGAUUCAACUAUACAAACAGAAGCUCGUAAGCCGAUAUUUCCUGUAGUUUUUGCAGAAAAGUUUAUUUUUUAUAAAACUUUCCUAAAAGAGAGAAGAUUAAACGAACUACAAAGAAGCUUGGGAAGAGAAUGGCUUUGUGUAGAACUCAUACAGUGGAAAAAUUGCGAUGAAGGUAUGGUUUUAGCUAGUUUCCAGACAACUUUAGAUGAUUUACUUUAUCCUAGCUCGUUUGCACCGUCAAAUGUUGCUGGAAGUAAUAUAGACUUAUUGAUGGUAACCACCAAAUUAUUUCCUGGAACAAUAUCGCCAAAACUAGAGCUUUGCACUAAAACAACCAUAGAAGAAACGUUUUCAGAUGCAAAGCAACGAUUUACGGACAAAAUACUACAGGUUAAUCCAAUGAAAUCAAUUUGUUCAGUCCAAAAUCCACCCAAAAAACUACAUCCGAAAAAGGUUUGUCAUACUGUAGCCUACAGUCAAGCUCAACAGCGCUUCCAUCGUCCAAAAAAAGAUAAACGACCCAUUUUUAAAUACCAACGGCCAGAAGAUGAUCUAAUUUUAAGAACAAAUCCAGAUAAAGUUGUCAAGGAUGAUGUGAUACAAGUCAGACCGGGCCUGGAAUUCGAAGGAGAUGAAAAUCAGGAUAAAAAUAAUCCUUUGUGUUAUUGCGGUGAAUCAGUUGGAGAAUCAAGCCAAGAUCAAGUUGGUUCAAGUUUUGUUAAAAUUGUAGGAAAAAGUCGCCGUGGACGCAAUAGUCACACAGUACGAGAACAAUGUCCUUGUUCAUGUGGCAGCCAACACAGCAUAUAUUUAUGUCCAACUUGUUCAAAAUACGAGUGCACCUUUACUGACCUAUCUUUAAGACCAACAACUGAAUUUUUAGCUGAAACUAAACCAGCUUUAUGUAGUUGUUGUCGAAAACAUUAUAAACCACUUAAAGGUGCGCAUUGUCCAUGUAAAGAAGGUUCCGUGAGCCCAACAGAGAAAAAGGUUUGCUUUUGCUUUCCAGAAGAAAAUGGUCCUAGUUUAGCUCAAAGAUUACAUGCAAGAGUGAAACAUACAAUUGGAGCGAGUACGGUUAGAUUAGAAACUUGUAUUAGAGAUUGUGAAGUAUGUGAGUGAAAUUGAUUGUAGAUUCUCUAUAAUUAUACAUAAUUUUACUUUAUAGCUUAUUUUGUAUAAAUAUUUUAAAAUAAAAUAUAUCUAUGAACGUUUUGUUAAGUUUUUAAGAUUUAAAAGAAUGUUGAUUAACAAACAAAAAGUGCUGUAACGUUAUAAAGUGUGAUGUCAACUUAGUCAAAUAUGUAAAUGUUUUAAUAGUGAUGCAAUAUCAUCAAACCAUAAGGAAAUAGGUAG